GAAAAACAAAAAGAAGAGGAAAGAAGAUAAAAACGAAUGAAAUUGAAAUUAGGAGAGAUGGAUGAGCCAAAGAAAGACUAGUUACUACAUUAUGCUUCUAAACUUGUAAAGAUAAAUAAUACUCCAGCUUGUUUGGGCAGAAGGGACGGCGGUCGGUUUCUCGGGUCGUCUGGAACACCUUUCAGAAACAAAACCAGGUUUUCCCAAUUCGUAGCGUCGUUUCUCAUCGCCGGUUCCGCCAUAUUCAAAUUUCUCUCCAAUUCCGACAGGCAAUUGAUCAAUUACAGGAAAGCUUUCGAAAUUUGAAACUUCCGGCGAUGCCGACUUCUACUGCAGGAAUUGCAGGUUCAGGAGAUUCGUCCAAUACUAUAAUUGGUUCUAGUGCUGAAGAUAAAUCCCUCAAGGAAUCAGCUGCUGCUCAAUCUCAAUAUCGUGCUCAAAAUGAAGUGCAAGAACUUGAAAAGUCUAGCAAACAACUUUAUCCUUGCCAACCGGGAGAAGCUCAGGGUGCUGUGGCAAUACCUGCUGAUCAAGAGACAAACCGAAGUUCCGGGAACGAUCAGAACAUUGUUCCCCAUCAUGGUACGUUUAACAACAUUGCUGUCUCAUCUUCUAGCAACUUCAGGUCGAAUGUUGACGAUGCGAGAGACAUUGACAUUGCUGUUCAGGAUGCCGUGUUAAGGGAACAGGAACUUGCUACCCAAAAUAUUAUUCGUAGCCAAAGAGAUUCCGUGGGUGCAGAUGGACUUCCGGUUGAGCGAUCAGAUAUCUUUUCAGAACGUUAUGACCCGAGUUCUCUUAAAGAGCAUCUUUUGAAGAUUACUUCUGAACAUCGUGCAGAAAUGGCUAUAAAAAGGGGAAAGUUGAAUCUUCCAGAAGAAGGGAACUUGGAAAUUGGAAAUGGAUACGGAGUACCUGGUGGAUGUGCUUUCUAUGGUGCUUCAAAGCCUGGAAUUGUUGCCAAUGGAAAUAAUGUGACUGGCCAGAAAAUCCAGGGACAGAUCAAGGAAGCAGAACAAAGUUCUGCUUCCAAGGCAUUGCCCGAGUACCUCAAGCAGAAGCUAAGAGCUAGGGGUAUUCUUAAAGAAGAUGCAGAACACAGCAAUUCUGUAAGGGCUGAUACAAAUUCUGACGCUGUUUCAAACACAAAGUUGCAAGGAGAAAAGCUGCCUCAUGGAUGGGUGGAGGCUAAAGACCCUCACAGUGGUGUUUCAUAUUAUUAUAAUGAAAGUAGUGGAAAGAGUCAAUGGGAAAGGCCCUCCGAACUUUCUUCUAAUACGCAACUUUCAUCAGCUGUAUCCCUUCCAGAAGAUUGGAUGGAGGCAAUCGAUCAAACAUCAGGCGUAAAAUACUACUACAAUAUGAGAACCCAUGUAACCCAGUGGGAGCGGCCUGUUGCAUCUCAUCAGACAACUUUGACACACUCGAAUGAUAAGUUUCCUGGGCCUUGGAACGACCAAACUUUGGAGCAAAGUAAAUGCAUCACAUGUGGAAGUGGAAUGACCCUCGUGCAGGGUUCAAGAUACUGCAACAGUUGUACAAGUGGGGUUUCUACAAGUUCAACCAAUGGGAUUUGGCAGGAUCAACCGUCUGAGCAAAAUAAAUGCAUGGGAUGUGGUGGCUGGGGACUAGGCCUUGUGCAAGCUUGGGGUUACUGUAUUCAUUGCACACGAAUUCUCGGUCUCCCCCAGUGCCAGUACUUGCCAACCAACAACAUUAGUAAUCAGCAGAAGAUAGAGAACGUCAAGCAUAGCGCUGAUCCCUCCAUUAAAAAAUCUGUGACAGAUAGGUCCAAAUGGAAACCUCCAAUAGGGAAAGGUGGAAAGCGAGAAAGUAGGAAGCGUUCCUACAGUGAGGAUGAUGAAUUAGAUCCAAUGGAUCCUAGCUCUUAUUCAGAUGCUCCUCGUGGUGGCUGGGUUGUGGGUCUAAAAGGUGUGCAGCCUCGGGCAGCAGAUACUACUGCUACAGGUCCUCUCUUUCAACAGCGGCCAUAUCCAUCACCUGGAGCUGUUCUGAGGAAGAAUGCUGAAAUUGCUUCACAGACCAAGAAGGGAAGCUCUCACUAUGCACCCAUUUCCAAGAGGGGAGAUGGAAGCGAUGGCCUUGGUGAUGCUGAUUGAUCUCUUCUAAUUUAUUCUGCUCCGACGAUACAGUGACCACUAUUUAUGUAGUGUAGAAGUACACUUUUCACUGGAGAUGCGACAUAUAUCUUUGACCGUAUAGCCUUACCUGAAGUUAUGGAUCAAAUGCACAUCUCACUUUCUGAAGGAGAGGAACGUGGCUGUACGAUGGUACGUUUCUUGUAUAUAUACUAAUUACUAUACUUCUAUAUGGAAAACUUGAGUCGUGGACAAAACGGUCAAUGAGGCAGAUUUUUAACCUUCACAUAUGUACCAGAAGAUUUGAAUUACUAGACAGGAGUAGAAAAUUCAAACUUAUUGUAUUUUGUUAAAAUGUUACAAUAAUUUAACUUAACGUCGACUAUACGAGACAAGCUUAGAAGUUUAUUAAUCCUACAAUUAUGCAAACUCUAAGUUUACCUUUCAUACUA